GUGGGUUUCGCAGAGAGCCUUCCUGAGUUGAUUGUCGAACAUUUCCCAAAUGCCUGUCGACCGUCUGAAACAAUGCCACUUUGGUCGACAGGGCUGUUGUUGGCUAACUUUGCGGGUCUUCCUCCGGUACAGGCGAACUCUUUCAACGCCGCCCGCAUAGGAAAAAGCAAUCGUCUCGACUUGCGUCCCUCCUCCCGCCUAAACUUCUCCUACUUCGUACCGGCAGCGUAG